AUGGCAAAAAGGAUUAGGAUUAAUUGGAAGCAAGAAGGUGUUGAAAAAACCUUUCUUGAAGCAUGUGUUCAUCAAAUAACCGUUAAUGGACGUGAAGGAAGUAGUCUUAAACAAGCGUCAUGGAAAACUGUAGCUGAAAAUUUGAAAACACAACAUAAUUUCAUAGUGGAACAACGUCAAAUGAAGAAUCACUAUGAUUUUCUAAAAGGAAAAUUUGCAGCUUGGUUAAAGCUUAAAAACAAAACCGGGAAUGUCUAUGAUCCAGUUACAAACAGCUUUAACUUGUCAGAAGAAGAGUGGCAAAUUGAGAUGAAGUCUAACAAGUAUGUAGAAGCUUUGAGAAGUGCGCCACUUGCUUUCCCCGAGCUUUGUUGUCAAUUGUUUGAGGGGUCUACUUCAAAUGGGUUUGAUAGUUGGGGGCCAAGUUCUACGCUUCCUCAUCCUUCUGAGGAAGUGAAUGAGCACAAUUUGGAUGGUAUGGAUGUCGAAUGCACUCAAGUGGAUUCCCCAGGUAAAGGUGUUAGUGAGGAGUCAAGUAUUCGGUCCCAAAAAAAAAAGAAAAAGGAGAGAAACGAAAACAUAAGGCAACAUUAGAGUCACAGCUUAUAGAAGUUGGUGAAGAUAUUAGCAAGUUGGCAAAGAUGAUGAUUGAGAAACACACACUUUCUGAUGAUAUGGAUGCAUGUUUGGAGAAGUCGGAGACAUUGGGUUGGGAUGAGUCGGAUGCGAAAUACGAAACAGCGCUUUUGCUUUUUGGUGAGAGUGCCGAUCUUAGGAAACUGUGGGUACGUCUUAAGCCGCAGAAUUGUGAGAAAUGGGUUAAGAAUGCGGGAGCGAAGUAUGGAUUGUUUAACUAAUAUUGUGCUUUGAUUGUUUUUUUUUUUUUUGGUUAGA